AUGGCUCUACUAUCCACACUCAGUGACUCUUCGUUAUGCGCAUCGCUUCUCUCGUGGAAGACGCUUGCCGUGCUAUUUGCUUUUAUCAACCGAAAAUCUCUCCCUCUCGCGUGGACUGUGGGAAUAUGGUACAACGUUUUCCGAAGAUACCGCCGAGAUGCGACCAAGUUCACAUUUGAAUGCAACAACAAACCUCUCAAUCUCAAAGGGCGUGCGACUCACCCAGUCUUCGCCGCCGCCACAGUCACCAGCUACACAUCGCUGUUAGAAACGGAUUACAACCUCCACAAAUCGAAUAGCACGUAUUUUGCCGAUAUGGAUAUUUCACGCACAGCCUGCGUUACGCCGCUGUAUACCCCUGGCGCGGGGAUCGUGAGUAAAGAGCUAGACGAAGAAAUCGCCGCUGCCGCAGUAGCUGAGGGGAAACCCCGACCAAAGAAGACAUUGCCCAUGUACAUUGCUCUGGGCGGGACAUACUGCACAUUCAAGCGCGAAAUCAAGCCCCUGGAACGAUUCCAACUGAAAUCGCACGUGGCUGCUUGGGACGAGAAGUGGAUGUACAUUAUAACCUAUUUUCUGAAAGCCGAAAAGAAAAAGGGCGAAGGACCGGUGCUGGCGGCAAUUGGGUUGAGCAAAUAUUGUUUCAAAAAGGGUCGUUUGACAGUCCCCAUUGAGCGUGUCCUUAGGGCUAGUGGUUAUCUACCUGAGAGACCAGAUGCUGCUGCUGUGACAGCAGGGUCAGAAAAGGAUAUCUCGAGCACAGCAACCCCAGGCACUCAAGACGGUUUGAUUGACACUACCCUUGACGAGGUGAAGCUUGUGGAAGAGGUAUCCAAGCUCGGUGACCAUGCUCCCGAAGUGCUGCACAAGCAACAGAAAGAGAAUGCAGCUGCAUGGACCGAAGAAGAAUGGUCAUGGGAACGCAUUGAGGAGCAGCGCAAGAAGGGCCUUGAAAUGGUUCAUGGGUUUAUAUCCCUGGAUAACAUGCUUUUCGAAGAAUGGAAGAGCGGCUAA